CUGAAAUUCCCGCCGAAAAAAAGAACGAUGGUGAAACAUAGUGGGACUCAUCGUUAUUCUAUGAAAGAACUUGAGAAAGGAGGAGAAUUCUUGGUAAAAGCCAAAGCUUCCAAUGUACCUGUCAAGUUCAAGAAUCUUGUUGAAGUCUCCAAUGCAAUUCGAAACAUGACAACUACUAGAGCAUACGCCUAUUUGUUGAAUGUUUUGGCUAAGAAAGAAUGUAUUCCUGCUAGGAAAUUCAAGAGUGGAAUUGGGAGAUGUGCCCAAGCCAAACAGUUCCAAACAGUUAUUGGUCGUUGGCCAAGAAAUGCAGUAAAGUGUAUGAUUGAUCUGUUGAAAAAUGCUUCAGCAAAUUGUGAAUUUUUGGGGAAGGAUCCUGUGGACUACUAUGUUCAUCAUGUUCAAGCAAGUCAGGCACCUACUUCUACUAGAAGAACCUAUAGAGCUCAUGGCAGAAUCAAUCCAUAUAUGCGUCAUAAUUGCCACCUUCAAGUUAUUCUCAAACAAAAAGGGCAAUGAGGUUUUGAAUUAAAUGUUCUAUAGACCUCCAUUCAAUUCAAGGUUGAGUUUUGUUUGCUGUUGUACUAAAACUAAAUAAAGAAAAAUAAAAU